AUGAAUGAAAUAACAGAGUUCACUAUUCUUUAAUUAAAAAGUUAAUUGGAAAGCUCAUUAGAAAACACUGGGUCUUAAUCCAAAGAAAGCUUAAGAUUAUUAUUGUAAUAUAGUAAGACUCUCAGCAGUUAUGCAGAAUCGCAACCCAAUCAUAAAGCAAUUACAAUUCUAAAUCAAGGUAAUAUUGAUAGUGGAUUAUUAUUUAAGCCUUCAAAAUGCUUCUACCUGAAAAACCUCCAAAACUAUUAAGCAUUUAAUUCUAAUACUGGAGAUUGUUGAUAAUGACUGCUAUUAAAUUAUGUAAAGCAUUAGAGAUUAAUGGGUAGUUGCAACAAGGCUUAAAUGUAUUGAUAUAGAUUGAGAACAUCACCAAAUAAUAUAAUAAAUCACUUGAAUGGGCUUUAAACGUAGAACUGGAGUAUUUGUAUUAUCAUUUGGCCAUCAUCUGGCAAAAACUAUAAAAUAAAGAAAGAACUUUUUAUGCUGCCAAUGAAUGCAUUUUACUCCUAAGAAGUAAUCUCAAGAAUAAAGCUGAACCAAAAUAAAUACAUAUGAUAGCUGAAAUGCUUAAGUUAUAAUCAUAAACAAAAAACUCAAUUCACCAACAGUUGUCAUACUAUAAUUAAAUACAUUUCUAUCAAUCCAAAUAUUUGGGAGACAAUAAUAAAGAGACCAUUAAAACGAUAAUGAGAAUAAAUUAGUUUAAAUCUGAAAUUCAAUUUGAAAAAGAAAUCGAAGAAUUCAGUAAAGAAGAUUUUAAAAAAAAACUACCUUUCUAAGAAGUUUCAUAAAUAGAUUUCUAUGGAGAAGAAAAAUCAUUCAAUUUAGAGCAACAGUAAUAAUAGUAAUAGUAAUAAACUAAAUAAUUUGAUUCUAAGGAAUAUUUAAGAUAGAGAUUAUUCUAAUAAUAAAGACAACUAGUUUUGCAUGCUAAGAAUAAUUCACAAUCGAAAUCCUCUCUUCGAAUCAGUCAUUAAUCAAAGAAAAGCUUAGAAGACUUUAAAAGAUUCACUGAUUCCAAGAUCAAUUUUAAAAUAAAUUCUAGAACAUCUAGUUCUGGAGAGAAUAAAUUUUAUUACUUUUUGAAUGUUAACAAUAUACAGUAAUUUAUAUUCGAAUUAUUAGAGGGAGAACAAAAACUGAAACAACGCAGUAUAGAACUACACAGAGUAAAAAUUAAGAUAGAUUAACGCCAUAAGGAAUUCCCAGUUAACAAUUUAGAUGUAAAACUAAUAAAUCUAAUGCAUCACUUAAUAAUACCUAAAAUUAAUAAGAAUUGAAUAGUGGCAAAAAUAUAAAGGAUGAUUUAUUUAAAGACUUAAUGACUUAAAGGCCGAAGAGUAGUAUUGCAUAGUAGAGACUAGCAAAACAAUUAUAAAUGACAAUAGGAAAUUAAGUGACAGCUAAUAAGAAAUCUUCUUAAUAAACACAAUUAAGCAAUUCAAAGCCUGUUGAAAAAAUACUAAAAAGACUAAAUACUUAAGAAUUAAACCUAAAAAAAAGAACAUUAAAUUUAUAAUAGCCAAUAUAACAUUCUGAAGUGAGUACAAAAAAAUCAAAUUAAGCGUAAGAAAUAGUUUUUGGUUCUAUUUCCUAAAAGUCAAUUAAUUUGAUAACAUCAGGAGGUAUGCAUAUGCUUGUAAUUAGAUGAUCAUACUCAAAAAAGAAGUGACCUAGAUUAGUUUGAAUAUAAUUUAGACAAAAUAAUUAAGAUUUAGAGAUACUUUAGGUUUAAAUUAAAAUAAUCUCAGAAUUAUGAUAUCAAAAAUGAAAAAAUCAAUUUGAAUAAAUUUAGUGUUGGUUUUGUUCAUGAAGAUGACGAUAAAUUGGCUGAUAAAACUCCUGCUUUGAGAGGCAAAUCAAAAGAUUUAAAAUUUGCCUAUCAAAGAAGUAAUACAUCUUCAGUAGAAUCUAUUAAAUUUGUGAGCAAGAGGGAUAAUUUUUUAUAGCCAUAGUUAUUCUAACAUAAAUAAAAGGAUCAUUCUUUUAAUAGUUAGGCAAGUAGUAAAUUAAUAAAUCAAAAAUCAGGAAGCAACAGUUAGAUAAAGUAAAAUUAGUAAAUAAUAACAUAGUGAAUAAUCUUCAGAGUCUUUAUUAGAUUUUGAAUAACUAUAUUAAAACAUAGACAAAAAAUGGUCUUAUGAGGAGUACAUUUAGGGAUAAUGCUUCUUUUUUUGCGAUGAUUAAGCUGAUUAAAUUAUGAAACUUUUGAAAUUUAAAGCUAAAUUUCUCCAUUAAAAUGAGGACGAGAAUCUUAGUCUCUUAUGCGAAUUAGAAAUAGAAAAAGGCUUUUAAUCUCACAUUAUAAUUCUCCCAAUAGUUUUGUCAAUGAAGAAUUGGAAAUUGUAUGCCAAAAUGAAAGGCUUAUAAUUCUUUUAAAGUCUUCUAAAAGAAUUUGUGGAAUAGAACUUCCCAAUCAUACCUUAUUCAACUAAAAUUCUCAUCUAUAAAGGCCAAUACUUUGAUAUGCUUUUAGAAUCCAUAAUAUAAUUAAUAUCUGUGAUAAUGAAACAUAUUUGUAUUGAAAGAAAGCUGAUUGGAGUAAAACUGUAUUAUACAAAAGACGUAUAAAUAAAGAAGAAUAGAAAAAUGAUUCAAUAAUAUUAUUAAAAAUAGAGACAAGAACAGCGAUAGUAUUAUUUUAAGUCUUUACAAUUUUUUAUGAAUCACUACGAUAUCAGAAUAAAUAAAAGAGCAAAUUCCAUAGAUCUAAACCUUAAAAGUCUAAUGGGCAAUGAAACAGCUAAAUAAAAAUUAAAAGCUGCUGAAAAUGCAGUGCUAUUUGCAAUUAAAGCUAAAACAGCAGUUCAAAGUUAACCACCUAAACCACCGGUAAUUCCUUUGAUGUUGUUUGAUGAUGAUAAUGUUUAAUCUCCUUAAAUUCUCGAAGAAUCUAUGAGAGAUCCUGAUGUAAAUAGAAUGUAAUUAAUAAAUAUCAUAAACCCUUAAAAAAGGAGAUAAUCAAUUUAAGAAUAAGAAAUGAGCAGGUUCAGUAAUCUUUUUCAGUAGCAUCAAAAAGUGCAUCAUCAAAGAAAUCAGUCAAACUCCACUCCCAAAAAAACAUCUGACAGUAUUUUUAAAAAGACAUUCACAAUUGAAACAAAUCUAAUACAACAAAAAACCUUGACUCGUCCUUAAACAAUAAUUCAAUAAGUCGAUUAAUCAUUUUCAAGCAAAUCUUAGACUUCAUCUAAUAAUUAAUCUAAAGACCAUGAUCUACAACCCCCUUCCAUCUCUCAUAGUGUAUCAUUAAGCCAAUAGCCUGUUCCUUCAUUUAAGAAAAAAAAUGUAGGAAAUGUGUCGUAAUCAUACUAUGGAAAUACAACUAAUUCAGCCUAAAAUUUAUUAGAUACACAAUAAAAUUUAGUUGCAAAUUAGUUAUUUGAUACCUAAGCUUUAGAAGGAUUGGAGUUGAUUCCAGAACAGGAAAAUGAGUUGGAGUAAAAAAUAAUAACUCUAUAUUAAAAAGAUGAUCAUUUUACUGUGUCUCCUUAGUGGAAAAGAAAAAGAAAGGCCACAAUUCAUAAUUUUCAAUUUGAAUAUUUUUGGAAUUAACACAAGAUGUAAAAAAAAGUAUUUUAGAAAAUCUAUCACAAUCCUUUUAAUAUAAAAGAGAUUUUGAUGGUUGGAACAUAACACAUUGAUAAAUAAUAUUUUUUGAUAAGUGUGACAUAAAUAUUAAAAGAAUAAAUUCAAACAUUUAACCAAUCUAUAUUAAACAAUAAAGAUUUGGUAAAAAUUGAAAUAACAUAUCGUUUAACAUAUCCAUAUGAUAAUGUAUGGCAAGAUAGUAUUGUAAUUAAAUUUAAAGAAUUCAUAAAGUGGUUUGUACCUGAUUUUGAAUUAUCUAGUUAUAUUCAAUAUUUUGGAUUAAGCAAAAAUCAGAAGAUUCAAGCUUUGACUUACCUAGGACGUUAUGCACAUAUAAAAGAAUCAAAAUUAAAAUUAGAGUAUUACGAGGAAAAGCGAAAUAAACUUAAAAUUAAAUAGCAAUAAAGAAGGGACAUUGAAAUCUCGAGAAUGAAAUAAAUUGAAAGUAUGUUAAUAAGAGACAAAUUGGAUUUACAUUACAUCCAAAUAUUAGGAUUGGAUAAUUUAUAUCAAGAAUUAUUGAAAGAAAGAAAAAUAAUAGAAGAGAAAGUAAAGAGAAAAGAAGAGAGGCUUAGAAUAUUUCUUUAGUUAACUGAUCCGAACAAAUUAGACCCUACUACUUAACAACCAAAAUAUAUUGGAUAUGAUUACGAUGGUGAUUCUGAAGAAAAAACCAUUUAAGUCCCACUUAGUCUUCAAAUGUAAGUCUUGAAAUCAUAUAAUACUGUUGUCCACUUGAAAUAAUAAAAAUAAAUAAUAAAAAUGCCAUCCUCUUAUUUAAUUUGGGAAGGUGACGUUAUAAAAAUGUGGAGACCUUUCUAAAGAAAGAUUUGGUAGUAGGUUAAGAUUGAAAACAAAGAUAAACUCAUAAAUGCUAUAUAAUGUAAAUUAAAGUUCUAUAUUCUGAAAUAAAUUAUAGGAAAGACAUUAAGUCUAAAUGGUAAGAAAUUUGUUAUAAAGUAAUAAAAAUAGUUGAUAUAAAGUGAUUCUGCAUAAGAACUUCUUUAUUAAUAUUUUUAAUUAAAGUCAUUUUCAAAUUAGCAGUUUUAUAGAUUCUUAAGCAUAUUACGUGUGUAGUUACUGUAAUUGGAUGAUUGCUCACACUUAUGGAAUUCAUAUUUUAAACAAUAUAAAUAAUUAUAACAUUGCUAUGUUUCUCAAAUUGGAGAUUGCUUAUUAGAAAUCGUAGUGUUAAUUGAUAAUUUCGCACAGGUGUUAAAUCAAAAUCUGAAUAGAUAUGUUUUUAUAAGAAUCAAUAUUUAUGAAAAGUAAAAUAUGAAAACAAAAAUGCAUAAGUUGGUCUUGACUCUUGAUGAUUUACAUAUAACAUCUAAGAAAUAAUAUGAUUUAUCCAAUGAAAAUAUUCCUCAAAUUAUUUUUGAUGAUGUUCAAAAAUUGAUGCAUUAGUAUGUGGGAUAUGAAAAUUAAGGUAUUACUAAACACCCUACCUUGGUAAUUAAGAACAGCAAAUUAAAUAGAACUUUUAAAUUAGUAAAUUCAUUUCCAUGGCUGCAUAAUUUUAAUUAUGAUGAAUUCCAAGUAACACUUUACCCUUAAAAAUUCUAAUUCUAUCAUCCUUAAGGUUUGCAUCCCAAAGUAAUUUGCAAAGUUGCUAAAUUUUUAAAAAUUCCUAAGGUAUUUUCAUAGAGACAUCAUUCCUUUUAUGAUAGUUAUGAAAAAUAGUACGAUAAACCGAAGGAAGAUUUCACUAUUAGAGUACCAAGUAUAAUCACAAUAGAGAAAUUUUAAGAAAUUUCAAGCUUCUACAUUUAUAUUUAUUUCCCUCAAAUUUGCAGGAGGUUUAUGACAAAAUUACAUUUUGAUGAUAUCUUAAUAAAUUAAGAUAUCAAUUUAAAAUUAAAUUUUUAAUUUAAAGAACAAUUAAGAAUUCAUAGAAGUGAAAAAUUAUGGCACAGCUUAAUAGAAUCAUUUAAGAUUGUAAGUAAUGAUCAAAAGAAAUUAAUUUUGUAAAUAGAGAAAUUCAAAAUUUCAUGUAUAUUAUAAGAAGUAGUCUAUCAAAAAAUCAAAUCAAUUGAAAAGACCUAAGAAUCAAUUCUAUUUAUUGUUAAUAUCGAAAAAAAGAUUGAAUAAGAUCCAGAACAAAUUCUGAUUCAUUACUCAUUUGAAAGGAUGAAAUUACAAGAAGCGAAGAAUUAUAGCAUGUUUUUGAAAUUGUAAUGGCUUAAUCAAUAUGAUAAUAUCUAAUCCUAUCGAUUGCCAUUAUAUGAAUUAAUGAUUGGAUAUUUUGAAAAAAAAAUAACAGGGUUUAACAUGUUUGAUUAUAAAUUCAAACUAGUAGAUUUGAUAAGAAUGUGUUAAAUUUCAGUAGAAAAUAUUAUCAUGAACUUUUCUAUGAAUUAGAAAAUAAAUUACAAUAAUACAUUAGAUCAAUUGAUGCCCCAACAACUUACCUAUAAUAUUAAUCAAACUAUCAAAUUAAACAUCAACUUAAAAACCAUAUAGGUGGAUAAGUCAGUUUAUAAAUUACUUUACAGAGGAGUCUUAUUAAGAAAGCCAUCUAUUUUGGUGGGCAUUUACUAAAAGUUAAACAAACAGAAAUUGUAUUUUUAUAUACAAAGAGCAAGAGAUUGUGAAUCAUUUAUUCAUAAAAUCAGAUUUUAGGAGAUAGAAAAUAUUUAUCCAGGAUUCUAAUUGAAUUUAUAGGUUAAUUAAAGAUCAAUAGGUCCUAAUAUUUUUAAAAUACUGAAAAAUAGAUUGAUUGUAUAAAGUUAUUAUCAAUUAAAUUGA